UUACUUAUGAAUCAUAUAAUCUCUCUGUUACCAGAAAACUCAGUGUCAAUGGAAAAGAUGAAGUUAACAACACAUUUACUUGUUCUGCUCUCAUGGCUGAAUUUUUGUUUGGGUGAACAACCCCUUUCCAAGAUCAAUAUCCUGAGUACUACUUUUUCUCUCAAUCCUCAAGCCUCCAUUACUGCUUCUCCCCUUCUCCUGGGCCUCAAGGGGGAAGACACUGAGUGGGUAGACAUAAACCUUCAGUCUCCCAACUCAACCGCAGAUGAUUGGAUUGGAGUUUUCUCUCCUGCAAAGUUCAAUUCUUCGUCUUGUUAUAUGGAAGCUGAUGUGAAAGAUCAAAAACCAUAUUUAUGCUCAUCACCAAUAAAGUACAUGUUCGUGAACACUUACAAUUCAAAUUACACACGAAAUGGAAAAGCUAGUCUGCGUUUCUUGCUGAUCAAUCAGCGUGCUGAUUUCUCAUUUGCAUUAUUUUCAGGUGGUUUGUCCAAUCCAAAACUGGUGGCAGUUUCAAAUUCCGUGUCGUUUGUAAACCCUAAAGCCCCACUUUAUCCGCGUCUUGCUCUAGGUAAAACAUGGGAUGAGAUGACAGUAACAUGGACUAGUGGAUACAACAUAGAUGAAGCUAUUGCCUUUGUCGAGUGGGGCCCUCUCAACUCAAGUACAAAGCAAUCUCCAGCUGGAACGUUGACAUAUACUCGCAACACCUUGUGUGGUGCUCCAGCAAGGACAGUUGGUUGGUUUGAUCCUGGUUUUGUACAUACAAGUUUCCUAAGGGAUUUGUGGCCAAACAAAGUGUACAUGUACAGGAUAGGCCACCUCUUAUCCGAUGGUUCAUAUGUCUGGAGCAAGAAGUAUUCAUUCAAAGCUCCCCCUUACCAGGGGCAGGAUUCAUUGCAGCGUGUAAUAGUUUUUGGUGACAUGGGGAAGGCAGAACGUGAUGGAUCAAAUGAGUACAGUAACUAUCAGCCAGGAUCACUCAACACUACAGAUCAACUUAUCAAAGACAUUAAGAACAUUGAUAUCGUAUAUCACAUAGGAGACCUAUCAUAUGCAAAUGGAUAUCUCUCACAGUGGGACCAAUUCACAUCUCAGGUGGAACCUAUUGCAUCCGCUGUGCCUUACAUGAUUGCGAGUGGUAAUCAUGAACGUGAUUGGCCUAAUACGGGAUCUUUCUAUGACGGGGUGGAUUCAGGUGGUGAAUGCGGUGUGCCAGCAAAUACUUUGUACUAUGUCCCUGUAGAGAACAGAGAUAAAUUUUGGUAUAAGGCAGACUAUGGAAUGUUCCGAUUCUGCAUUGCAGACAGUGAGCAUGACUGGAGGGAGGGAACUGAACAAUACAAAUUCCUAGAAAAUUGCCUUUCAACGGCAGAUAGGCAGAAGCAACCUUGGCUAAUUUUUGCUGCUCACCGUGUCCUUGGUUAUUCAUCUAGCAAAUGGUAUGCGAUGGAGGGCUCAUUUGAAGAACCAAUGGGCAGAGAAAGCCUUCAAAAGCUUUGGCAGAGGUACAAGGUUGAUAUUGCAUUCUAUGGGCAUGUACAUAACUAUGAAAGGUCAUGUCCUAUAUACCAGAACCAUUGUGUAAACACCGAGAGGUCACAUUACUCAGGCAUUGUAAACGGUACCAUUCAUGUGGUCGUUGGUGGUGGAGGAAGUCACUUGUCGGAAUUCAGUGAGGUGAAUACAACUUGGAGUCUGUACAAAGAUUAUGAUUUCGGGUUCGUGAAACUUACUGCAUUCAACCAUUCAUCUCUAUUGUUCGAGUACAAGAAGAGCAGGGAUGGUAAUGUGUAUGAUUCUUUUACAAUAUCUAGAGAUUAUAGAGAUGUUUUGGCAUGUGUUCCUGGUGGUUGCGAAGCUACCACUAUGGCAUCUUAAUAAAAGUAUCAUACAUCGUCAUUAUCGUAUCUAGUAUAUCUCGCUCACAAGAACUAUGAUCAAAAUCUGAAGAGGAAAGAAAGACGAUAUCACACACAAGUUACCAAAUAUUAUACAAGUAUUAUAUUGUGGAUAUUGAAGGAACAGUCGCUUUCAAUUGGUUUCAUUCCAAAAUAGAAGUAUUCUAAUUACCUUU